GGCCGGACGGGACGGUGACGGUCCCCGGCGCGGCGGGCCCGGCGCGGCCGCUGGCGGAGCAUGAGGGAGCCAUGAGCCCGCUGCGGGGGUGGCUGCUGGCCGCGCUGCUCUCGCUCGCCCCGCGGGCAGGUCCUGCCACGCAGGCCGGAGCGCUGCCGCGGAGGCUCCCACGGGCCGCAUGGCAGGAAGGGCGGGUGCUCUCCCAAAUCACCCACCCCAGCAGGCUGGUGGGGCAGAGCUCGGGCGGAGAAGUCCCAAAGCAUCAGCUGGACACCAGGGUCAGGCAUGAGCCCGGAGGAGGAGGAGGAGGACCCGGGCUGCACCUGGCACAGGUGAGCUUCAUGGUGCGUGCCUUCGGCUCAGCCUUCACCCUCGAUCUCCGGCUGAACCACCACCUCCUCGCCUCCCACUACGUGGAGCGGCACGUCGGCGCGGGCAGCAACGGCAGCCACAGCACGGGCGCGGGGGAGCACUGCUACUACCAGGGCCGGGUCCGGGGGCAGCCCCGCUCCUUCGCCGCUCUCUCCAGCUGCCAGGGCCUGCGCGGGGUCUUCUCGGACGGCCGAGCCACGUACCUGAUCGAGCCCCAGGCGGGCGCCGAGCGCGGGGAGGGUCUUCGACCACACAUCGUGCAGCGCAUCCCCAGCUGCCCCCGACUGGGCUGCCUCUUCCCUGCGCUGAGCCAGCGUGUCCCGGGUGGGAUUCCAAAGCUGCGGCGGCGGCGGCAGGUCCGCCGAGCCCAGCACACGGUGCACAGCGAGACCAAGUACAUCGAGCUGGCCGUGGUGAACGACCAUCAGCUGUUCCUGCAGCUCCGCAAGUCCGUAGUUCUCACCAGCAACUUCGCCAAGUCCGUGGUCAACCUGGCUGACAUGAUCUACAAGGAGCAGCUGAACACCCGCAUCGUGCUGGUGGCCAUGGAGACGUGGGCGGCCGAGGACCGGAUCCGGAUGGGGCAAGACUCUCUGGAGACCCUGAACGAGUUUGUGAAGUACCGGCGCGAGGGGCUGGCAGAGCACAGUGACACCGUCCACCUCUUCUCGGGUCGGACGUUUCAGAGCAGCCGCAGCGGCACCGCCUUUGUCGGGGGCAUCUGCUCCCCUGCCCGCGCCGGCGGCGUCAACGAGUACGGCAACGUGGCGGCCAUGGCGGUGACACUGGCACAGACACUGGGGCAGAACGUGGGCAUGAUGUGGAACAAGCACCGCACGGCCGCAGGGGACUGCCGCUGCCCGGACUCGUGGCUGGGCUGUAUCAUGGAGGACACAGGGUACUACCUGCCACGGAAGUUCUCCCGCUGCAGCAUCGAUGAGUACAACCAGUUCCUGCAGGACGGCGGCGGCAGCUGCCUCUUCAACAAACCCCUGAAGCUCCUGGACCCCCCGGAGUGCGGCAAUGGCUUCGUGGAGGCGGGCGAGGAGUGCGACUGCGGCUCGCUGGCGGAGUGUGCGAGGAGCGGCGGAAACUGCUGCAAGAAAUGCACCCUGACCCACGACGCCAUGUGCAGCGAUGGGCUCUGCUGCAAGGGCUGCAAGUACGAGCCACGUGGAGUGUCCUGCCGGGAGGCUGUGAACGAGUGUGACAUCCCCGAGACCUGCACCGGGGACUCCAGCCAGUGUCCCCCCAACCUCCACAAGCUGGAUGGAUACUUCUGUGAGAACGAGCAGGGACGAUGCUACGGCGGGCGCUGCAAAACUCGGGACCGUCAGUGCAACGCGCUGUGGGGCCGCAGCUCGGCCGAGCGCUUCUGCUACGAGAAGCUGAACGUGGAGGGGACGGAGCGGGGGAACUGCGGGCGCGAGGGCCUGGGCUGGCUGCAGUGCAACAAGCAGGACGUCCUCUGCGGCUUCCUCCUCUGCGCCAACAUCUCGGGCUCGCCGCGGCUGGGGGAGCUCAGCGGGGAGAUCGCCACCACCACCUUCUACCACCAGAACCGCUACGUGGACUGCAGGGGCGGCCACGUGCAGCUGGUGGAUGGCUCGGACCUGAGCUACGUGGAGGACGGGACGCCCUGCGGGCCCGGAAUGCUCUGUCUCGACCGCAAAUGCCUUCCAGCCACCGCCUUUAACUUCAGCUCCUGCCCCGGCAGCUGGGACGGGAAGAUCUGCUUCGACCACGGGGUUUGCAGCAACGAGGGGAAGUGCAUCUGCCGGGCGGAGUGGACAGGGAAGGACUGCAGCGUCUACGAUCCCAUCCCGGAGCCGAAGCCGACGGGGGAGACGGAGCGAUACAAGGGUCCCAGUGGCACCAAUAUCAUUAUCGGCUCCAUCGCGGGGGCCGUGCUGGUGGCUGCCAUCGUCCUAGGGGGGACAGGCUGGGGAUUUAAGAACAUCCGCCGAGGAAGGUACGACCCGGCGCAGCAGGGAGUGUAACCGUGUCCCCCCCAUCGUCUCGUCACCGUCCCUGUCACCGUCACCGUCCGGCAGCCUGACGGCGUGGGAGCCCCCGGGCCCGUCUGUCCGUGUGCUGUGUGUCCGGCCGUGCUGUCUCCAUCUCUGUGCCCCCAGGGCUGAAGGGCAGCAGCGGCUGGGGGGGCCUGGCAGCAGCCCCUCCCCCGGUCCGGGGGGGCCUGAGCGGGGCCGCUCCGCCCCACCCCCCCAGCGCCUCAUUAACAGCAAUUAAAUGGGGCGGCGCUGCCGAGGGUCCGGCCGAGGAGGAGAGCGGGGGGGGCACCCGGGAGCGCCCCCCGGCCCCCCCGCAGCGCCACGAAUGUACGGGGACCCCCGGCCCCCCGGGCAGGCGGCACUGGAGGAAUGAAUGUACCUGCGGGGCCAGCGGGAGCCCCGGCCCACCCCCCCUGCCCUCCAGAGCAUCUUCCAGCCGGGGCCCUGGGACCCCAAAAGGCAGCCCAGUGUCCCCAGCACGAGGCCAGUGUCCCCAGGACGAGGCCAGUGUCCCCAGUACCAGGCCAGUGCUCUUCCCCAGUUCAGGGCCUGGAGUCGUGUCCCCCCCACCCAGUGCCUGGGCUGGGUCCCACGGGGGACAGGUCCUGCACCCCCAGAUGUGCCUCCCCACCCCCCAAAGCAGCUCAGCAGCCCCGUGUGGGGUUUGUCCCCUCAAAUUCUCCCCCCAUCCCCCAAGCCAUGGGACCCCGAAGUCUCUGGUAGAGAGACAGGCACCCACAGGUGGCAGCUCUGCCUCAAGGCUUCCCCCACGUCCCCAGCUCAGGCAGGUGAGCCCCAAACUGGUGACACUGGGGUUGGGGGGGACAGAAGGGCCCCCAGGGGGACCAGGGUACAGGGUGAGCCCUGGGCUGGGGACACAGGGCUUGCUGGGUGACACUUGUCACCCCAGCCCCAGGGCUUGUGGCACCUGUUCCCCCCGGACUGGCUGUCCCCCACCCCCAUGGCAGGUCGGGGGGGACAUCACCCUUUCCCUGUGGCACGUGGCACAUGUCACCCUGCAUGGGGUGGCUCUGCAGAGCCACUCAAAGCACAGCACCUCGGAGCACUGGGGGCCACGCUGGUCCCUUUAACCACUGGUGACACUCAGCAUGGAGGGGACAUCCCUGGUGACACUUGGUGACACAUCGUAGUGUGUGUUUGUAUGGAUGGGGACACUCCUGGGGACACCCAGCACGGGGACAAUGGGGGAUGAUACCUACUGUCCACGGCAGUGUGGGGGUGUCCCCUCUGUGUCCCCUCCUUGCCCAGAGUCCCUGCCCACCACCAGGUCCCUUUGCCAUGGAGACAGAGUGACCAAGGGUGUCCCCAAGCCCAGACAUGACCAAAGUGUGGUGGCACCCAUCCUGGUGUGACAGCCCCUCUGGACACCCACGGGUGCUGUGGCUGUGGUGGCACCCCAGGGGACAGAGUGGGAGGUGACAGCAGGACAGGGGUGGCUGGACAUCCCCUGGCUGGGAUCUAGUGGUGGCUGCUUGUGUGACAUUGGGCUGGGACACGUGGGGACCUGGGACCACCGUGGGCAUCAGAGGUCUGGGAUCAGCCCCCAUCUCUAUCACUGUCACCACAGUGUCCCCACAGCUGCCACAGCCACAGUGCCAGGGUGCUCCCUGCGGCGAGGGGACACCCCCUGUUCAGAGCAAGAAGCCACCAUUGUCACUGGGUUUGGGGACAUUAAUAUACAUAUAUAUAUAUAUAUAAAUACUGGGAUUUUUCUUAAUGAUUUUAACGCUGUCAGGGCGGGAGGGCCCGCGGCGGGGCGGGGGGCACCCGGUGCUUCCAGAGUCAAGACAGCAGAGCCCCCCCGGCCCCCGCUGCUCCCACGGGCCCGGCCCGGCCCGGGGACGGGCACAGCGGGGCGGGGUCCCCGUCCCCCGCUCCCCGCACCGCCGCCACCCCGCACCGCCUGCUCCGCUGCCGCCGGCCCGCCCGGCCCGAGCUCCCGCUUUGCACGCGCUGGAGCCGCCGCUCCCGGUUCGGCCCCGGCCGCCUCCUGCAAUGUCGCAGA